AUGUAUUGCAUGGGGGCCACGCGCCAGAGGGGCCCCUCCGCCGGCGGCGGCUCCAGCCGGGAGGUGGAGGCGCGCACGAAGCCGAGCGUGCGGCCGCGGCGCUCGGCCGGCGGGACCGGCGGCGCGGGGCUCGGGGCGCGGGGAGGGGCCGGCGCCCGCCCCGCCCCUCUCCUCGGGGAUGCCGGGAUGUUUACACUCCUGACAGCGGCGGCCGCGGGAGGAGGAGCGGGAGUCGCGGGAGGAUGGGCCGCCGCUAGGCUCGCACUCGGGACGCGCCUCGCCGUGUGCAGGGUGGGGGCCCGCGCCUGCAGCGUCCGCGGGGGCGGCGCGGCGGGAGGUGGCGAUCGGCUCCCGGCCUCGCAGCCACAGCCCCCGGCCCAGCGGGCCUUUCCGCGGCGCCGCCCGGCCGAGCAGCCCGCCUGCCCCGGGUCCCUCGCGGGCGGGAGAACGGAAAACUCCCAACUUCCUGAUCAGUCAGGAGCGAGCGUCAGAAUGACUCAAGAUUACCAUAAAGGCAACUUCAGGUAGAUUUGUUAAAAAAUG